AUGUCUAUUCAAAACCUGAGGACUUGGGCAGCCAAAUGCGUACAGACAUUGUCCCUCUCGACACUCAACGGCUCCGUCAUCGGUGUGGACGCAUCCUACUAUCUCGACCAAGUUCUUAACGAGAACAAUGAAGAGCCUUUGAAGGUUGCCUUAGGUGGUUUACCAUUUUGUCUGACAGCACGAAUUGAGGAGGACAUCCAGGCUGCUAAGGAUGCUGGCGUAAAGCUCAUAUUCAUAUUCGACGGGUUGGACUACGUCAACAAGACACCUCCCAGCACAGACUCUGACACGAGCAAGAGAAUACACGAAAAUGGCUGGUCCCGCUACAUUGCUGGUGAUGGAAAAGAAACAGUAAACGUGCUUGGGAAAGCAGGUCACUCCUUGGAUUUGGUUCUGCGACAUUUCAGAAAGAUCCUCCAUGCCAAUGCCGUCGACUUCCGUGUUGCACCAUUUAGCUCGCUAGCCUUCCUGACAUACCUAUACCAUUUGGAACAAGGUCAACCAAUAGAUGCAGUCAUGGCUUCAGCUGAUGCUUUCCUGUUCAAUAUCGAUAAAACCAUUCUGGGGAUCGAUGCAAAACAACAGUGUUUCAGCUGGCUUUCGAAACAAGAUUGCAUCAAUCUGGCCGGCAAUCCUGCACCUAAUGUCUUCAGAGAUGCGCAACUACUGUGCGGUUCGUCUUUUCUCCCUGCUUUUCCUCCUUUAUCGAGGAAUCAAAAUGCGACGAUUCGCGAUGCCCUAGUUAUGCUUGGUCGAGGCCCAGUCCUGCAACUAUGCAAUCAAUAUCGUGAUGAUUCUAUGCUUGCAGGAUCGGAAUACGCAGAUCGUUACAAGAAAGCUCUAAUGACAAUUCAACACCAUGUCAUUAUCACGCCCGAUGGCUUCGUGCAGCCAAUGGAUCUACAACGUGCUCCAGGAGACGUGCACGCCUUUGUCGGACAGAGGCUGCCGGAUGAGCUGUUCUUCUAUAUCUCUAGAGGCAUUAUUGCUCCGCAAGUGCCCAAUUGGCUUACGACAAGCGAAAUUCAUCUGACUAUGCCUGGCGGUCCAAUCGAUUGCGAGCCUUAUCGCCGUUUCGUCAUUGACCAAUUGGCCCCCUUACGACUACAAUCCAUCAAACUCCUGGCAGAAUCCUUGCACUACUACUACCAGGGAAGAGAAAUUACGAUCAAAUCCUGGGACGGCCGAACGACGACGCAGAAGGUCAAGGAACUUCCCUCUCUCAAGACUAAGGUCAAUCAGUGGAAGGUGAAAGAAUCUUCUUUGCCAGGCUCGAAAUCUCCUCGUACACCAACCGUGCUUUCGUGCCUGCGCAUGCUUAAAGACAAAGACUUUGCCGAAUCUACCUUAGUGAAGGGUUCUGUUACUCAUCCAGCUCUGAGCUCACAGAACGAAAUUGUAUCGAACGUGUUCUGGCGUUUCCUUCACCUUCGAGGGUUCAUCGACGACAAGCACCAGGUGACACACUGGGGUUAUAUGCUUGAAGCUGCGCUAUCUGUCAUGGAUGGUGGCUCUAGGAAAGAAGAGCAAGGCAUACUCGCAGUCGAAAUGCUCCGCUUGAAUAUCAUCAAUACUCAGUCAGUGACCGGCACCCCAGUUCAGAGCUCAGACAAGGCAUAUGAGCACAAGAUGUACACGAACCUGCUGUCCAAGGUCGCUUGUUUUGGGAGGCUCAAACACGAGCCCGUGGGCUACGUGGGUCCGCUUGAUAGAAGCCUGUUGACCUUCGCAUGGGAAAUUACCGCCAUUCGACAGCUACUCAGAGAUCUCUGCGAGACAAUCAUGACAACUAUGUUUCUGAACGGCGACGUCUCUCGAGAGCGCGAUGACUGGGCUGAGCUGUCACAACGGUUACCAUUCAUCAGUGACAAUGGCUCAAGCCUGGGCAUUGCUGUGAAGAGCUACCUCGAUGCGCUGAACGACAAACAGGAUUCGAGUAAGGAAUUCAAGGAGAAGGUCAAAUCACAAGAACCACCUUUUGACUGGUUUGCGAAAGCCGAAAAUGGAACCAUUCACAAGAGCCUGGACACUGCAUUUAGGUUGUUCGACGCAGUACUUGCUGCCGUCAAGGUGGGCGAAAAGGAAGUGAGGGAUUCUGCUACAUUUGUAGCAGCGGACCAGUGGCUUUCAUCACGGAGAUGA